AUACAUACAAACGCUCUGUUGCAGGGUUGUGAAAACGUAUUGAUUUUAUUAAUAGAAGGAAGGUAUAUAAAGUAUUGAAGUGCAAUGACUAGUAUGACCGAUCAACGUGGAACUAGAGUAUAUGUCGGUAAUUUAACUGAUAAAGUAAAAAAGGAUGACCUUGAAGGAGAAUUUACCAAGUAUGGCAAGCUUAAUUCUGUUUGGAUUGCGUUCAAUCCGCCUGGAUUCGCAUUUGUGGAGUUUGAACAUCGGGAUGAUGCCGAAAAAGCAUGUGAUAUUCUAAACGGUUCAGAGCUCUUAGGCUCCCAAUUGCGUGUGGAAAUAUCAAAGGGGCGGCCACGCCAAAGUAGGCGUGGUGGAUCCAGUGAACGUGGUCGUCGUGGCGAUUUCGGCAGGCACAGCAUAAACAGUAGCAACGGUGGAUUUAGACAAGUACGUGGUUCGAGUGGUUCCAGUAGCCGACAUGCUGAGCGUGGAUAUAGCUCUGGUCGCUCUGGUGCUAACUACAGCGGAAGAGAUAGCGGUAGUAACGGCUUUAGUCGUCGUGAUGUUUAUGGUGGAGGUCGCGAUGGCGGCCGCUACAGUAGUGGCACCAGCACGAGCUAUGGACGAAGCGGUGGACAAGGAGGAUGCCGUUUCAGAUCUCGUUCCCCAGUGGGAAAUCACCGAUUCUAAAAAUAUCAGAAAACGCAAAUACUAUUCGCAUGAUAGUACUAUGCGUAAAUAUUAUUAAAAUUUUAAGUAAUACUGGAAAUAUUUAAAAAUUUAGCCUAUGAUCGUUUUCGAUCAGUCCCUUUAAAAAUGUGUAGCUUUGAUAAUCGUUCAAUUAUUUAAUUUAUGAUAUUAAAUGAACAUGCGUUGAUUAGGAUCUAAAGAUUACAUUUGCAAGCACUUAAUACUUAAGAUAACGUAGAAAACUAUUAAGAAACAAUAUAUUAAGCCAUACCUUAAAUACAGACUACCCUAAAUCGAAAUAUAGAAAUACGAUAUUGUAAUAAAAUGGGAUGCGUCGAAAUCUUUAAUAUAUAUAAAAGGUCUUCAAGAAAAUCUAAUCGUCAGUCUACGGAAAUGUUUUUUAUCUAAGCGAAUAAAGUUUUCUUCAGAAGAAACAUCUGUUGAGACACUUUCGAACACAUG